CUUGGUGAUCCAAGAAGAAACAUCAAGUUACCUAAUUUUCAUUUGAUAAUUGCAAGAAAUAAACCAACUCCCAGUUGUGCGGCCUGCUACUUGGCUAAUCUGGUAUUCUCUGAGGAAAUCCUGCUUUUAAACUCAGUUGCUGGCCGUGCUUCACGUAACAUAUUCAUGGAUCAUAACAAACUUUCUGCAAUAAGAGAAUAUCUCUUGACAAUUUUCCCAAACUGUGACUUGAGAGAACAAGGAAAAGACUGGGUAGACUGUCUUUCUGCUAUUAGUUUUAUGAUUGAGCGUUUGUAUACUGAAACGGAAAUGCUCACAGAUAGAAUCUUGAGUAUGCCCAUAUCCAAACACUGGAAUAUCAGAAGUGGUGAGGAUGAGGAUGAGGGCCCUUCUCAGUGGUUUCAGGAGGUCAGGGAGUCUGUGAUAAGAGAAGGUGGGAAUUUUGAGCAGAAUGCUGGUGCUAACUCUGAAGACACUGAUAAUGCAGCCUUCAUUCCUGAUGAACUGGUAUAUCUCGGAGAUCCAUCUAGAAAUAUACAGAUACCAUAUUCAGUACUGAGAACAGCAAAAGCCCUAUUGCGCCCAUAUCUGUCAGCCAAAUACAUCAGUCUCCACUUGUUUCCAGAGGAAACCCUAAUUAGAAGUAAUGUCUAUGGCAGUUUGGAGUGUGGCCUGUUUUCCCUUGAUUCCAAUAGGAUUAAUGCUCUCCAAGAAUUUCUUCGGAACAACUACCCUGAAUAUAAUCUAGAAGAAACUGGAUGUUGUUGGAAAUUGUGUGUGGCAGCCAUCAACAGCUGUCUCCAGACUCUUAGACAAAGCCCAAGAAAUGUCAUAGACUAAUAAUACUAACUUCUAGCAGCAACUCCUGCCGUGGAAUUAACCAAACAGUCUGAUGAAACUAACUAAAGCACUUACCCAUCCAUUUUUUCUAAAACAGUAGAUCGUUUUUGUAAGUUUCUGAAAUUGUAUAACCUGUCAUAAUGACAAAGUUUUGUAUUGACUACGAAAUACUUGACAAAAGAUCUUUUUCUGUUUUCAAGAAAUACUUUAUCUCUGGACAAAGUGUGGAGCAGUGUACUGCUGCCUUGAGCCUCCAGUUAGGGGAAUACUAGGAAAUCCUUGAUUGUUUUACAUGGUUAUUUGAAUAUAGACUUAGCACUUAAUAGUGGAAGAAAGUUGAGUAUCAGCGACACACACCUAAGCACAGAACUAUUGUUAGGACAAUCCACAAUCUACUAAGCAUAAUGUGCAUACAAUAGAAACUUGGUAUUCACCAAGUGAGUUGACACUUUAGCACUUAGGUAUAAACUGUUUAUUCAGAAAGGAGAUAUUACCUACUUAUAUCUAGAACAUCUAUAGUGAGUGGCUUUCUUACACAUUUUAUACAAUGAUAAGAUUGCUGUCACAUUUAUUUGACCUAAGCCUUUCAGAGAUAAAACCUAGAUGCCUUGAUUUACUCCUAAUAAGAGUAGUAUUCUUUAAAUUACCUCUUGAUAACAUUUUAUCACACAAGUUUGCUCAGGUUGAAUAUAGAAUACUACCAGGGGAGUUGGCAUUCCUUUUAGUAAUUAAAAUUUAACAAUGUCUGUGAAUAAUAAGAGUCUGACCAAAUUCAGACACUGAAAUUAUUUUGGUUUCUGAAAUAUCUGGGUAAAGGUUUAAAUAUAUUUCCCAUUUUUCAGAUAUAUUCUACUAGUCAAAUGCACACAAAUUUAAAUAUGACUAUUUCAUGUAUAUGACAACAUUGGUCAGAAAUUCAGAGAAAAGUGCUCUUAAACAAUGCUUCUCAACCUAUGGGUCUUGACCCCUUUUGGGUCAAACAACCCUUUCACAGGAGUGACAUAUCAGAUAUCCUGCAUAUUGGAUAUUUAUGUUAUGAUUCGCAGCAAUAGCAAAAUUGCAGUUAUGUAGCAGCAAUGAAAUAAUAUGGUUGAGGUUCACCACAACAUGAGGAACUAUAUUAAAGGAUGGCAGCAUUAGGAAGGGUGAGAACUACUGUCUAAAAGGAUAUUGGCAAAGUGGAAAUUAUCCAUCUUGAUCAUGAAUAAUAUUUUGUUUUUAACAUAAGCCCCUUGUUGUAGAGAAAGUUAUUGAAUGUUAUAGCCACAGAAAUAAUUCCAUUAUUUGA